CCUCCACCUUUUUUUCCCAUUUUCCUUUCGUGGUCUCUACUCUCCGGCGAGACCAAAACAUCACCAUCAAAAUUUAAUCCCAUUUUCAUCUUCUUUUCCACUACUGCCAUAUUCCUUUGACGGACAAGAGAGUUUGAAGAAGAACGAAAAUGGUUGAGGAACAUGAAUCACACGAAGCAACUCUGUCUCACAGCCAUCUCCCCUGUUAACUUUUUAAGCUCCAACAAGCACCAACUCCACCACCGGUGAGGGGUGCGUUCGAUUGAGAACAAGAUACCUUGGUCUUCUUGUUAUGGAUCUGUUCGGCAUCUAUGGGUCCGAAUUUGAACGCUUGGAAAACACAUUUCCCGGAGGCAGUGCACGAACUGGAUACAAACUCUUAGGGUUAUGGAUUUCAAAUUCGAUUUGGAGAUUAAUAGGUUCAGUGUCAUACCCGUUUUCCAUGGCUUCCAUAGUUCCAUGGCUCCGAAGUAGAGCUAGGAACUCCAAUGUGGAACUUCGGAAUUCAUUGUGUGCGAAACUCCUAUGUACACUGCGUUUGGAAUUCCGACGUUCACAUUCCCUAAUCGACAACAAUAGUCUAGCAAACUGGUUAUCUUCACCACCCGACACAACUUCAUCCAUCUUUGUAACACUUCCUACGAUGAAACCAGUGCUUCGUUUUCCAAAAUGGAUUCAAUUUCAGAAAAGCAAAACACAACAACCGGCGAUUUUGGCAUUAGGGAUUUCUGUUUUGGACUUGAGUUUGAAUUGAAGUUUUGAUUUUGGGUUUGCAUUUGAAUUUCAGAUUUGAUUUUGGUUUUGGGUGUUAGUUGUAGAUUGGAUUUUUCUUUUGUAUUUGAGUUGCAGGUUCGCGUUUAUAUGUAUUUUAUUAGGUAAAUUGGUGUUUAGUUUGGGGUGAUUUCUGUGGUAGUGGAUCUAUUGUCGGAGAAGGUGACCAGAGCUACUGCCUGGCACUAAAUCUAUGGACGGAGAUGGUGACCGGAGGUGGUGCUAGGAACCAAAUUUGUGAAUGAAGGUGGUGAUCGAUGGUGGCGUCAGGAACCAGAUUUGUUAACGAAGAUGGUGAUCUGGAUCUUGAAGAACAUUUAAUUAAUCAGAAAAGAAAUAGAGAGAUAAAGUGGGGUC